AGGCUCCACAGCCAGCUCUGUCCAUCCUGGCUGGUGUCCCCAAGGCAUUGGUGUUACCUGGGCAGGUUCAGGUGAUGCUUCCAUUGAAUGUCAGCAGUAGCAGUGUGAUGAGCUGACUGCAGGAAUAAAACCUCAAGGUGAGUUUAGUCUGGUGGGAGGUUUCAAUGGAGGAAAAGGCUGUUGGAUGUGGUGGCUUUGUUUGAUGUUCCAGACAUUGGCUGUUCCAGACAGUUUACAUCUGUCCUGUGUUUGGGAGGUUGUGGUGCACGGGCUGGUGGGUGGCAGUGGCUUUCUCACUGCUUUCAAACUGGUGUUUGCACACAGCAAAUCCUGGCCAAGCCAUCCAGCCUGCUCCAAAGGAGGAAUCAGAGCUUCAGCAGCAGCCAAGAAACAGCUGAACACACUUUGAGAGUGAGCAGCCCAGAAAAGACAGAAGCCUGCACAGUGGAGACAGCACAACUGCCUUAUCACUGCUGCUCUUGAUCUCUAAACUUUGAAAAAGCAAGGCAGCUUCUCUUCUGCUUGUUCCUGAGCAUGUUGAGUGCAUCUUGCUUCAGAACAGAUCUCUUGCCUGUUUCUACAAUGCUGCUUCAUCCCUAUUUCUUAACUUCUAUUAAUCUGUCUCAGCCCUGGUUUUCUGACUGGAAACUUUCCAUUGAUGUCAUGGGAGCUUUCUGUGGCCCACAUCAAAUAGCUGGGUUCACCAGGAAUGAAGUGACUCUCCAAAUGUUUAUGUUAAACACUUCUUUGGGAGGCAUGCUGACUGAUGAGGACCUGUGGUGGCUGAGGUAUGUGGGGAGGAUAGGUUGGCUGUGCAGCCUUUGUCUUGCCUUUGAAGCUGGAAGUGCUGGCAGCUGUGGAGUGCCCAGAUAAGGGCUUGGGAGUGUUCCAUCACUGUCUCCUGCACUGCAGAGCUCUCUCUGUGUGCCUCUCCUUCGUGGAAAGGACGGCCAAGUCUGGAUAGUCACAGCAGAAAGCUGUUGGCAUAAUUACAGGUAUGGAAUUUUGUUGUUUGAGAGGGGAAAGCCGCAGUUUAGUCUGCUGAGGAGCCCCAGGGAGGGAAGGAGGGACAAGUGUGUUCUUCAGACCCUGCUUGCUCAGGCUCCUGGUGGUGUCAGAGCAUUUGGAAUGGGGAAACAGAAGGGAUAAAAGCCACCCUAGCACUCCCUGUCACCACCACAGAUGCUGAGCAUGGCUGGCUCCUUCCUCCCCUGCAGGACAUGGUGCACACUGGAGGUGGUGAGGAAACCACUUUAAAUAUCACUUCAUUUACAGAGCUUAAGCUUCUGAAGCUGCUGCUUAGGAGUGAAUUUCUGAGUGUGUCCCAGUAAGGCUAAGGGGCAAAUUUCUCCCCUUCCCACUUGAAGCAGUAUUGCAGCUACUGUGAGCAAUGCUGCAGUGCAUGUCCUGGUCACUUGUUUUGGCAAAAACAUUUGUUCUGUAUUGCCACAACUGCUAUUUCCAGGAAAAAGUUGCUCUGGGAUAUCUGGCCACCUUACCGUGCAGGUGCCUUUGAAAGCAGCAUGUGCAUUCCUGCAGCCACAGUUUGUAUAAUGUGCUUUUAUCCUCCUCUUUUUGGUGCACUCUGCACUUGCAAAUCUGAUUUGUCUGGUUGAGCUUUUACAGGGAUAAAACUUUGAGCAGGAGAGCUAGAAAAGCUUCUCAGAAUUGCUGCUUUGUGGAGCCUUUUGGUGGAUGAUUUAGGAAGGCAGCCAAAGGCUUUGGGUCACCCUGCCUGUCUCAGAGCACCACAGCCCUUUCCAGGGACCCUUUCAGGUGAUGGGGAAAGCAGAGCAUUGCAUCACUGAGUCUGUGCUCGCUGCCAGCCCCAGUGAGAUGUGCAGUGUCUCCUCCUAAUUAUGGGAUGUCCCAGGUCAAUUAUAGCUAAACACAGAGCCCAACCGUGUCAUUAAACUUUUUUGGCUAAUGACAAGUCAGAAAUCCAGCCUGGUCCCGGCAUGCUGUGCUCUGGGGAGCUGCUGAGUGUGUUCCAGUAAAGCUGGCAGUGUGAGCAGUCUCUCUUGUGCAAUCUCUCUGCCAGGAAUAUCCUCCUGGUUCAGCACUUGGGAGCUUCCUUCUGCUCUGGGAGCCCUCUGGGAAGCUCUGGAGGCCUGGGGAAGGGAGAAGGAGCUGGAGGCUGAAGCAGGGAUGUUGUGGCCUUGAGCAAGCCGAGGUCUGGGUGACCUGACCCUGGUAUUGCAAGCUUGGGUUUGUCUGGGCUCCUCACCUCAACUGGCUGCUGCAGUGAUUGGAGAAGAGAAAUUGCAUCUUCUGGCGAUGCUGUUGGAUUUGGAAAGGGUAUUUCCACAGCUUUUGUUAUGUUUAAGGGUGGUUGUUGUUCCCAGAUUUAACUUGAAUAGAAAACAUAAGGCUGCUGCCAGCUUUCUGUCACAGACACCUUUUAUCUUGCAUUCAUCUCUUCCAAGCAGAUGCUGCUUUCAUUUCUUCUACUUAUUUUUUCUUGCUACAAGACUAAAAUUAACAGCCCUUUGAUGCAGGGGAAGAAACUGUAUUUCAAAGCAAAGUACCCAGUUAACUUUGCUAACAAAACUGCUGGUUUUAUCUUGGAGGUAAUUCCACGUUCCUUGGAAGGAAAUCUGAAGGCUGGGAGCUGCUGAGCCCUGCUUGCUGUGACAGGCGAAGGUGCAGACCCCUCCUCACCUGGGAGCUCCAGUGGCUCCCUCUGGGCUGGGAGGUGCAGGGGGAGGCUGCAGGUGGGAGAGGAGGUGCCAGACACUGGUGCCAUGCACAGGAUGUGUGCAGGAUGCUCUCCUCACAGCUGCAGUUUCAGGGGUGCCAACCGCAGCCCGAGGUGAGGAGGGGCUGGGGGAGCACAGGCAGGGCUGUGGCACUGCAGCAAUCCGUGUCCAGAGCUGGCCCUGCCUCCAAGGACUUGUCCUGAGCAGCAGCUCUGUGUGAGCAUCCAGAUUUCGGCUUCCAUCUUUUCCAGUUAAAAAGCGCAGCCCUGUUCCUGCAGUGCUUCCUAGAGCUGGUGUGAGGGCUGUUUCCAAGGGGGAGGUUGAAAGCUGUCUAUCCUCAGAGGGAGGACAGCAAGACUGUACCAGGAAUGGAGAAUUCCUAAGCCCAGGCUGUGGCUGGCUUGGCCAGUGGCCAGGACAUGGCAGAGAAGAUGCUGCUGUCAUCAUUCAGCACAUUACAGGAACCCUGUGAUGCAGCAGGGGCAUUUCGACUGUGCCCAGGAUCUCAUUUCAGAGCAGGGCCAGGGAAAUACCUGCUGGAACUCACCUUGGCAGGUGGCUUUGCCUCUGGGCAGCUGCUGGAGGGUCUGACAGGCUCUGGGGCUCUUGCCUUAAAGGAGCUGUGAGGAGCUCCUGCUCUGGGUGCAUCGCAGGGUGGUGACUUCUGAAAACGUCCUUGUGCUAAGUGAACAGAAUGGUUUCCCAAACACUAUGAAAAAAGUCACUUCCUCAGUGACUCAGCUGUCUCCUCUUGUGAGGUUUUGUCCUCUGUGGUGGCAGCCUCAGACUCCACAGACCUCAGGACAGGAAGAACCUGAAUCUGCAGUUCAAAGGGUGAAGGAUCCACUGGGGUCUUCAUACAAGGGUGCAGCCUCAGUCCUGUUCUUCAGCACUUGGGAAGCCCAGGAUGGAGAGAUCUGGGUGAAUAUUACAGAGGAAUGCUGAGAUUUUCCAUGUGCCAAGGCAAUCCUGAGCGGUGCACAUCUGGACAGAGCCUCCUGGCAGCCUUUGCUGCGGGGCUGGAUGACAGCAGGAGCUGCCAGGUGAAUCGAUGAGCCUGUGAGGAGGCCAGCCAUGGGUCAGAAGGUCACGGGGGGGAUAAAGACCGUGGACAUGAGGGACCCUGUGUACCGGCCGCUGAAGCAGGAGCUGCAGGGGCUGGACUACAGCAAGCCCACGCGGCUGGAGCUGCUGCUGGACAUGCCCCCCGUGUCCUACGAGGUGCAGCUGCUGCACUCGUGGAACAACGACGACCGCUCGCUGAACGUGUUCGUCAAGGAGGACGACAAGCUCAUGUUCCACCGGCACCCGGUGGCGCAGAGCACGGACGCCAUCCGCGGCAAGGUGGGCUACACGCGGGGGCUGCACGUGUGGCAGAUCACCUGGGCCAUGCGCCAGCGCGGCACCCACGCCGUCGUGGGGGUGGCCACGGCCGAGGCGCCGCUGCACUCUGUGGGCUACACCACCCUGGUGGGCAACAACCACGAGUCCUGGGGCUGGGACCUGGGCCGCAACAGACUCUACCACGACGGCAAGAACCAGCCCAGCAAGACCUACCCCGCCUUCCUGGAGCCCGACGAGACCUUCAUCGUGCCCGACUCCUUCCUGGUGGUGCUGGACAUGGACGAUGGCACGCUCAGCUUCAUCGUGGACGGGCAGUACAUGGGGGUGGCCUUCCGCGGGCUCAAGGGCAAGAAGCUGUACCCGGUGGUGAGCGCCGUGUGGGGCCACUGCGAGAUCCGCAUGUGCUACUUGAACGGACUGGACCCUGAGCCCCUGCCUCUGAUGGACCUGUGCCGGCGGGCUGUGCGCCUGGCGCUGGGCAAGGAGCGGCUGGCUGAGAUCCCCACGCUGCCCCUGCCCGCCUCCCUCAAGAGUUACCUGCUCUACCAGUGAGCCGAGCGCCAGCACACAGGUGGAUGGAGCUGCCCCGGGCCCUGCCCUGCUGGAGCUGAUGGCCGAGGAUGGAUCCCUGCAUCCCUGCAUUGCUGCCGCCGCUGCAGCCUCCCGGGCUGAGUGCUCUGCUGCUCGGGAGCCCCUGCCCCAGCACACUGAGCAGAGGAACAUUGCCAGAGCCCUGUGCUCCCCUCUCCUCCUGGGAGAGGCUGUGCUGCCUCCCUGGGUUCAGGGGAAUGGUUCUGUUCCAGCCAAAGGGAAGGAUGGUGAGAAAAGAAUAAUGGUAAAAGUAAGAAUUCAAACGUGAUCUGAGGAAGAGGAGGCAUUAGGAAUGCAACUGUCAAGACCACGUCCUGAGAAGGGAGAGGCUCAGGAUGGCCAGCAGAGUUGGAAAGAGUCUGGAGUACCAUAAAGAAUUAAUUGAUGAGUUUUUAAAAGCCAAAAAAUAAAAAAGUACAACCCCAAGCCCUGAAACACCAAAACCAAGAGCCCUUCCUCCACCAGGACCCUUCUGAGCCUGGAGAAGGUGGUUGUGUUGCUGAUGUCUGUGUCUGUGCUGGGAUCCUCACCCUGCUCUGUUGCUGUCUCACAGGUGGUGACUCCUGCUGCCUUGUUUAGCACCAGUGCUCAUCCUGCUCCCAGGGGUUUCACAGCUGAUUUUGCAGUCAGGCUGUGUCCCCACACUCCUCCUUCCUGCUGAGAGCUGCAGCUUUGCUCUGUGGUCCCUGGCUGGGCUGGGACCGUGUGUGUGAGCUGUCACCCAGCUGUGUGUGUCACACAUCUGUAACACAUCUGUCACAGCUGCAGCUCCUGUCCCCUGGGCUCUGCCCCAUGCUCAGCCCUCAGAGCCACCUCCCCGUUCUCUGAUGGCACUGCCAGGGAAUUCUCUCCCUGAUGAGCUGCUGAAAUCCACCCAAGCCAGGCUCAGUCUGUCCCAGAGCACCCCAAUCCCCCACACCCUGCAGCAGAGGGGCUCCCUGCCCUCUGUCCCCCACGAGGGUCUCAGGGGCUCCAGCAGCAACCCCAGGGCUCAGACAGGCACAGCAGAGGGAACUGAACCUCUCCAGAGCUGGGGAGCAGGAGAGAGCUGCAAUAAACAGGACGAGCAAUUCAGGCAAAAUCAGCACAUCCCAAAUAGAUCCUCAGUAGCCAAGUAAAGAGGUGACACUCCUGUGUUAGCAGGAGCUGCUCUCUUGACCUCUCCGCAGGUUACUAUGCUGCCUUUCUGGGGUUAUUUUGCACAUUUCUUUGUGUGGUUUUUUUCCUUGAAAAAUGUUUGUGUGAUUGUUUUGUUUGUUUUUGCUUUUGAGUUAUCCCUUCAGUUUUGUGUAGGUACAAAUGAGUUUAGUGGUUGAAAAUGUUAAUAUAUAUAUGUGGGGUGUAUGUAUACGAACAUGUUUUAAACAGCUGCUGUAGGGUACCUUUUUGAAAAUAAACUACUUGCAUAGUAUAUUUUUUAAAGCACAGAGUUGGUGCCAAGACUGGGUGGGGUGUGAUGUGCCCCUUUUUUAUUCUAAUAUUCUAUGAGGUUUUUUUUUUUCAACGUAGGGGUUUGUACUAGUUUCUGUUGCAGGGUGGGACACAAAAUUCAGUGUAUGGAGCCCUGCUUGGUUGCCUUCAACUCGAACCAGUGUCUUCCAGAGCUGCAGGGAAGAAGCUGUGUUCUCCCUACUCCUGCUGCCCUUUGUGCUCCCUCACUUCCAUCUCUCCUCACCUCACCAGGACAUGACUCUGUACCGUUUAAAAUCCUUUCUAUUUUAUGACUGUAGAUAGCACUCAGUAACCUAAUAAACUUUAUUAAAUAUUG